GUGCAAGAUGAUACAUAUGUUCUCCGGAGCUUCAAGCCAAGCAGUCCAGGUCGGCGGAGGGAGGCGAGCUGUGCACGGAGCACACUUUCUAGCAAAGAUGGUCUCAAUUAAAUCGCCGUCGUCUCUGGCGCACAUGUCCUUCUCGCAGGCUCUCCUGGUUGUGGGCUGCGUGAGCUUCGUUCUCCUCGCUGUCCUGCUGCUCCGGCAGCUAGUCAAGCAGAGAAGACCCCCGGGGUUCCCCCCAGGGCCUUCCCCCAUCCCUGUCAUCGGGAAUAUUCUGUCUCUGGUCACCGAGCCACACGUCUUCCUCAAGAAGCAGAGUGAAGUUCACGGACAGAUUUUCAGUCUGGACCUGGGAGGAAUCCUGACUGUGGUGUUAAACGGCUACGACUGCAUCAGAGAAUGUCUUUACCAUCAGAGCGAGGUGUUUGCUGAUCGGCCAUCUUUGCCUCUCUUCAAGAAAAUGACCAAAAUGGGCGGUCUUCUUAAUUGCAAGUACGGCAAAGGCUGGAUCGAACACCGAAAACUGGCCUGCAACUCGUUCCGCUACUUUGGCAGCGGUCAGAGGCUCUUCGAGAGGAAGAUCUCGGAAGAGUGCAUGUUCUUCGUGGACGCCAUCGACGAGCACAAGGGCAAGCCCUUCAACCCCAAACACCUGGUGACCAACGCCGUGUCCAACAUCACAAACCUGAUCAUUUUUGGACAGCGCUUCAGCUAUGACGACCGCAACUUCCAGCACAUGAUUGAGAUCUUCAGCGAAAACGUGGAGCUAGCAGUAAGCGGCUGGGCCUUCCUCUACAAUGCCUUCCCUUGGAUCGAGUACCUGCCCUUUGGGAAGCACCAGAAGCUCUUCCGCAAUGCCGCUGAGGUUUACGACUUCCUGCUGCAGGUUAUUAAGAGCUUUUCCAGGGGCAGGGUGCCCCAUGUACCUCGGCACUACGUCGAUGCCUACUUGGAUGAGUUGGAGCAGAACGCAGCAAACCCAAAUGCCUCCUUCUCCUAUGAGAACCUCAUCUAUUCAGUGGGGGAGCUCAUCAUAGCUGGCACGGAGACCACCACCAACACCCUGAGAUGGGCCAUGCUGUACAUGGCCCUUUACCCCAACAUUCAAGAGAGGGUCCACAGAGAGAUCGACAGCGUGCUGACCAAUGGCCGCGCCCCCUCUUUGGAUGACAAACAGAAGAUGCCCUUCGUGGAGGCGGUUCUACACGAGACCCUGCGCUUCUGCAACAUUGUUCCCCUGGGGAUUUUCCGGGCCACCUCCCAGGAUGCACAAGUGAACGGCUACACCAUUCCCAAAGGCACCAUGGUGAUCACUAAUCUGUAUUCGGUGCACUUUGAUGAGAAAUACUGGACGGACCCAGGAGUUUUCUCACCACAGAGGUUUCUGGACAGCUGUGGUAACUUUGUGAGACGUGAAGCCUUCUUGCCAUUUUCACUGGGGAGGCGUCACUGUGUUGGCGAGCAGCUGGCCCGAAUGGAGAUGUUUCUCUUUUUCACGACUUUGCUCCAGAGGUUCCACCUUCAGUUCCCGCCAGGUAGCGUUCCCACAGUGGCUCCCAAACUGGGCAUGACUUUGCAGCCUAAGCCUUACUCCAUCUGCGCCAUCCGCAGGCAGCACUUUGGAGACACUCCUUAUCCCAAAUAGGGCAGUGAUUUGUCCCUAGCCUUCAUGUUACAAUAAAACAACAUCCGCUUUUGUACAACUCCACAACACACAGGUGCAACAUAAGACUGUAUCAUUCGGGACUGUGAUGGUGCAUUUUUGGACUCAUUCUUACACACGGACGCGUGAUCUGGUUUACUUGCUUAUCAAAUCUUUGUACUGGGCAAUAUGCAUGUUUGCACAAUAGACAUAAUGCUGUGCAAAGACAGACGUGUUAUCGAUUGAGUUCUGCCUAGCAUACAGCAGUUCUGAGCACAGGAUACAAAAUGUCUAUGAACUUUGACGAUCCAGGGAUGUGUUGGGUAUAAGUCAAUGAUUGAUACUAAGUACACGUGUGCUGGUUCAGAGCCCUUCCUGCUCAGGGCAGCGUCAGGCCAGGCAAAUGAUACCACUGAUUCGGACCUGUGGGCAGAAACAAGACUUUCCAAGAAUGUUCCACACACAGUAUGCUAAGGCUGGAAACGGGCCAGCUUUGCGUCAUCUGAAGCGACUUUGACACCAUCUCCAGGGAGAGAGCUUUUUGGAAGAACUUUCUCUUGGAAGUUCCAAUGCAAAAGAUGGUGGAUUUCUAGAAAUCACUCUUUUAUUUCUACUUCCUGAUGGUGCUUAUCGGUACUUACAAAGUAUUUUUUAUUGAUGGGUAUUUGUAUGUGUUCCACUACACAACUUCUACAAGCGUCUGUCUUCCCAUCCUGUGCAUUGUCAAUACUUGAAGAAUCAAUGGAUAAGUGAGAGCCACAAUAUAGUACGUAAGCAGGAAUAAAUGACUGUGUUGGACUUGGAAAUUUGACACAUCAUGACUUGAAUUAUUAGGUUUUUUUGUCAAUUGAAAUACUAAA